AUACUAUGAUACUAAGCAAUACAAGCAGAAGCUACAGAAAAUAUAAGAGAAGAGAGAGGAGUCAGUGUUUUUAAGAGAGAGAGUUUAGAUGAGCUCCCGUGAGAGCCUGGGCUGAGACCUCCAUUGGUGACAUCCCACCUGCUAAUUACCUCCAGGAGCUGACGAGCCCCUCCCUGCGAGUUGAUGUGCAGAGGAAAAAAUAAAAGUUGAUACUCCAACACAAAGCAGCAUAGUAAUAGUAAGUAGGAGGAGGAAGAGAUGAAGAAAAUAAUUCGACUAGCAAGCAGAGGAGAGUCUGAUAGACCAUCUCUCAAGACGCAAAAGAAAUGGGAGAAAGUGCUGAGGAAGGAAGGAUUCACUCUUCUGUACUUAGGACAUGCUGUUCUCUCUGACGCCAGAGCCUCCUCUGAAGUAACGCUAGCUAUAAUGGCAGUCAAGCAGUCUCCUACGGACCAAAAGAGAGUCCAGAUAUACUGCCAGGGACCUCAGCUUUAUGUGAAGGAGAGGAUGGGAGAAGAAGGAGAGCAGGAGCUACUCACUUCUCCUCUUACAAACAUUUCACAAUGUCUGCAGCACACUGCUCAAGGCUUCAAUGACUGCUUUGGACUGGUCUUCAGCUCAGGCCCGUGGAUAAAACAAUGUCACAUCUUUCAAGCUAAAAGCAACAAAGAGGCUUCAGAUGUGGUCCUAUCAAUACACAGAAGUGUCAAGGCGGUCAUCAAAUCUUAUCGGAGGAAGUCUGAGAUACCACUACCAGUUCUAUUAUUAGAAUCACAAGAGAUGACGUCACAGGAGCCUAACAAUAGAAUAAACCAGAGAAGAAAAUCGGACAGUGGCUUGAGGACAAUUAAUUCGGAGCCUGCGCCAAUUAUAUCCAUAAGCAAGGAACCAUCUCCUGUAAUUUCAUUGGCUGUCGCUCUGCCGUCAAAGCCAUCUCCAUGGAAACGGAAGAAAGGAGCGGGAGAGAUGAGCAGGACUGAGAAGAUAGAGGUGGUGUCAGAGGCUAGGAAACGAGUCAAGGAAAGCAACGAAUUGUUGAGACAAACUUGCAAUAACCCUCAUCCACAGUCUCCGUUUGAGAGAGCACUUCAUGCCAUUAACUUCUCCAGUGACCAGCUACUGUCCUAUCUACUGGAUCAACACAUGCUUUCGGUUGAUGCUUGUGAUCACGAUGGCAACAAUCCACUCCAUUACGCUGUGGCUAUGCAGAAUGAAAGGGCAUUAAAGAUACUACAUGAAAGAAUGUCUUCCCUUGAGCAUCGUAACAAUAGCAAGCUCCACCCACUCCACAGAGCUGUUAGCGACGGUAACAAACACAUCAUCACUAGCUUAUUGGAAAGAGGAGCCAAUCCAAAUGCACAGGAUGACGAAAAGAAUACUCCACUGCAUUACAGUGCUAGCACUAGGGAGCAGCACGAGGUUUGCUGGAUAUUGCUCCAGUAUGGGGCCAUGAUAUCAAAGCAGAAUAAAAUAGGAAUAAGACCAAUAGACAUGCUACCAGACCUCAAAGAGAUGCAGAAUCGGCUCAUAGUUUCAAUGUGUAAGUCGUUUUGUGAUCCAAAGGAGAAGCUAGUUGCUCCAGCAAGCACAUCCACUGCAGCCCCUCCCGGCCUUCUCUCUGAUUCACAUCACAAGUUUAAUGAAUUCCUUGAAAGAGCAAAAGAGCAAGCGAAAUCUCUCAAGUCUAAAAUCAGAGGAGGAGGAGGAGGAGGAGGAGGAACGUCGAAACACAAUAAAUUUAAAAAGAUAAGUCACAGCAUUAGUAACCUCUCUGAGCUUUUAGAAGCCGAAGAAGAUGAAAUGAUUAGACAGGACAGACUGCAAAAGUUAAAGUUUCCGUUAGCUUUACCAAUAGACGUGUUGCAACUAGAAGCUGAUAAAGAGGAGGUUGAAAAAGGACUCAAUAAAUUAAUACACUUCAGUAAGAACUCUCGUAGUGCCUUGAAACGCUCCACGAGUGAUCCUGAGCUGUCAAGCACUGCUGGAGACAUGAGCAAAGAAGACAGCUCACCGCUGAGCCCGGACUUUGACUUCAAAAAAUUAUUGAAGCAUUUUGAGCACCGGGAACUGCCCCCACCACGCCCCCUUUCGUCACCUUAUUACCGUAGCAACCGGGAGAGAAGGGGUAAGGACACGAUUGGUGAUGCCACACUCAGCGCUGCUUUUAAAGACUUAGAAAUGGAACUAGCAACCUCGGAUCAUAACAGACCAGACUCACCUGGGUUCUCUCAUAUCAAAAUAUCACCGAAAGUAUCACGAAGAGAUUUGAAGAAGGAUGAGGUGCAAACCACGCCCACAAAAGAGCCGAAAAGUAAAGACGAGGCAAUGGCUGAACUUGAUGACAUCAUCGAUCAGAUCAAACUAGCAGCUGAUGAGAUUCAAGAUAUGAAACCUUUUGGGAUAAAGCAACAGAACUAUAAAGAAGAAAGGAAUAAAGCAGCAGAGCAAAGGCCAUCGGUAUUUCCAGUUCCAGCCAUCAAGAAAGGAGGACCGAGGAGUCAUUACGAUCAUAUUAUAACGAGCAGUAUUGAAACUAAUGACUCAUGCUCCUCCUCAGAAACAAGACGCAAGACAGUAUCAGGCCUUUCACCACUUCACCUCCAAACAAAGAGAGGCCAUCGUAGGAUCGGAAGUACAGGAUCCACACUAUCAAUGGGGUCCUCAUCCUCUUCCUCCAACCCACACCCUCUCACUGAAUCACUCCUCAAUUUCCCCAUGGACUCAGAGCCAGGGGAACCAGGAGCUAAGAGCCUUCACGUGCUUUGUCUUCUGUCUCAGAACCCAGAGUGCAUCCAACCGCUCAUAUCACACAUAUGUCUAUCGGACUUCAAGGAUAGACUAGUAGGAGCUGCUUCAGCUGAAUCAUCAAGUGAUUCAACAGUGUCAAACAUUGCCAACCUUGUGUAUAAUAUAUUUGAAAUGGGCGGAUCAGAUGGAAGGAAGACUGCAGUUGAGUCUGGGAUGAUGGACAUUGUACUGAAGCUACUGUCAACCAGAGAUCCAAUACCUGGUACAUGUCUUAUGAUAUUAGACCAUCUACUAGUCAACGAUGGUGAUAAUAAUUAUCUAAGAACCAUAGCAAAGAUCCCUUGUGCCCCCCUACUAGUGUUCCUAGAACAUUCAGAUCCGGAACUGGACAGUGGGUUGGGCUCUCAAAGGGAGAGAGGUCCCUCCUCUUCCUCUACAACAACGUUUGAUUAUCACGCUCCUUCUUCCCACGGCUCUCAUCAUGCCCCUUCAAACCGGACCCCCUCGUCACACGGAUCACACCUCACCCCCUCAACCCACCAAACCUCCUCUUCACCACACCCACAAGGUGACCACACCCCCUCUAUGCACCAUGUCCCCUCAUUACACCACACAAGCUCUCAUUCCUCUUCAUAUCACCAAGGAGAUGAGAGGCUGGCCUUGCACCAUCAGUUACUAACAAACGUCAAGGAUAGAGCCACGAGCUUCACGAGUGAAUCAAGUAGUGCUAACAGCUUAGCUUCUCCCACGUUUCAUGGUGAUAUGGUCACCAAUCAAGAAGCUAAAAGAAUUGUACUCAAGUUGUUAGCAGUGACAAGUUCGCAUACAAAAAUGCAGCGAGCUCUGUCUGGCCUACGCUACAUAUCGCUCCUCUCUGAUUAUACUGCCGACGUGUCUCUUGAAAACAGAACCAACAGUAUCAUAACACUAGCUAACAUAGGACUAGACAUCCAGAGUCAUCCUUACUUACUCCAGGCUGGACUUGUGGAGAAACUACGUCCUAUUUUAAGCAACGGUCCUAAGGCAAGGUAUCAUGCCAUAAGAGCACUAGUGUAUCUGGGGAAACUCCAACUGUUUGGCUGUAACCUUUUUACCAGCGGAAGGGGAAGGAGAAGUGGGGGAGAGGAUGAGAAUGAUUACGUAAUUAAAGCAAUUGAUGGACACCAGCACACCUACGUGAGGGGUCUAACUGUCGAAGCCUGUAUUGAGCUAUUGACAUCAAAUACUAAAGAGUUAUGGGGCGGGAUUGCUUUGAGGGACACAGCCUCGGGACUUCAUCUCUCAAGAGAAAAAACCAUCGACUUCUUCUUGACGACAUAUCGGUCAUUCCUCCACCCACUUUUAUUAAUGAGACUACUGUUACACCGCAUUGAUACUCCUAAUCUUGAGCCAAACCCUUUUGAUUGGUCGAAGGACAUCAGUGAAAUAAAGCUCCAGCAUCAAUACAGCAUACCCCCAGUGCACCAAGCAACUCUUAACGUUAUCGGACAAUGGAUAGAAUCAUUUCAAGAAGACUUCAGAUUAAUACCUCAACUACAAGAUUAUUUAGGUGAAUUGAUCCACAGGUUACGUAAGUUCAAAGGAGCCUACACUCCUCAUGCUCACAGAUUAAAGUCGUUGCUACAAGAUCUCCACAAACCACCUGUUAAAAGGACAGCAGCUGAGAGUGAUGGCAACAAAUCCCUCACCACUUCUCUCUCGGCUAAUGACGUCAAAUAUAGGGUACCUCAUCACGAAAACCUUUAUUUUCAAUGCAAGAAAUUAAUCAGUGAAGAUCUUUUGCCAGUAACGCUAGAUACAGCAAUCCACCUGGCUGGUCUACAGCUGCACAUUGAGACGUUGGUUGAUAAUACUUUAAAUCAGGCAUUCAUGGAAGGAGCUAAAAGCAAGAAGGAGACACGUACUUAUGUGAAUCAUCUUAAAAAUGCCUUACCAGCGUGGUGCUUUAGAAUGAAGAACAUCAGCAAGAAAGUUAGAGAUAAACUGAGCGAAUUUGAGGGACUUUCCGAUCGAAACGCUAAGCACAUGUACAUAGAGAAAUGCCAGACAGCCCCAGGGUAUCACAGUACAUUCUACAAUGUUAAAGUUCCAGUUGAGGGUAAGUUUAGAAGAGGCCAUUACUCACAGCUGCUCGGGCUAAGCGACCAUCAUAUGAUAUUCCUUGAUGAAAAAACAAGAGAACUCGUGUCCUCAUUCUCACUGCAGGACAUACAAAAUGUGCAACAUUUACCGGCUGAUCCUUGCAGUCUAAUCAUUCAGUUUUCAACUGGCCAUAAAGUUCUAUUCAGUGUGGAGAGAGAGAGCUUUGCAAGACAAAUUGAGAUUGUUUUGGAUAAUCUUGGGCAAAAAGUCCUCCAUGACAUUGAGAAGGAGGACCUCCAGGAUUGGUGGGGACAAUCUCCGGCCUCCAUUCAAUACUCAGCUCCCAACGACAUUAAUUCAUUAUCUUCUGAAAGCUCACCGCCUCAGGAUGGGCUCGUAGGCAAACAAGCCUCCGACUUUGAGGAAACUAUAACGCCGAUACAAAAAGAAGGGGUGGAGCCUACUGAUGUGGCCACACCCACAACUAUAAAAGCUAUCGGAAUGCCAUUGACCCCACUAAAUGAUGGGGGCUUGGUCUUACAACACAGCACAGGUGGAAGUAUGAAGUCUCAGUUCCCAUAUCCUGACAUUGAUGGCUCUUACCCCUCCUUCUGUGACUGUCCACCAGACCCCGAGAUACCAUUACACAUUGAUAUUCGUCUAUUAUCACUACAAGAGAUCCUCAUGCACCCGAUUGAAAUAGCAAGACAGGUAACACUCAUUGAUCACGAGAAACUCAGUGCCGUAUCACGGGAAGAACUCUUACAACGAGCCGGACUCUUCCCACGGUCUUUACGAGAAACCAUUAACCCAACACCUUCCACUCAUAACCUGGUCUCAUCCUCACUCUCGUCCAUGCAAAGUGGGUGUGGUCAAGAGGUAGGAAUUGAGCAGUUGGCUCAGAGAUUCAACCAGUUGUGUAACUGGACGGUGCACUCUAUACUCCAGUACAGUCAGGAGGAAGACAGGGGGUGGGUCAUACAGCAGUUCAUCACUACGGCACAGUCCUGUCUUGAGUAUAGGAACUAUUCAUCAACUAUGGCCAUCGUUCUUGGACUACACUCGCCUUCUAUUAGGAGACUUAAACAAACAUGGCAGCACGUUGGCAAGUCAUUCAAAGAUGAAUUAGAUAGUAUGACAGAGCUCCUUAGUCAGCGCAAUAAUUAUAAAAAUUACCGGGAAGCAAUAGAAAAGACACGAAUACCAGCUGUCCCAUACUUUGGGAUCUUCACUCGUGACAUCACCUUCAUUUUGGAUGGCAAUCCAGACUUUCUCCACAAUCUAAUAAACCUUCAUAAGAGGCGACAGUUAUACGCUAAACUUGAAGAGAUUCGUCACUUCCAGGGAAACAAGUACAAGUUUGAGCCAGUCCCCGCCCUACAAGAACUGCUGACUCAGCAUGUGCCAGUAAACGAAGACGACUUACACGCUCAAUCUCAUUCACUGGAGCCGCCCGUGCAGGAAGGGGGUGGAGCCACACCAGCAGAGGGUCGGAUGAGGUCUAAUAGUGUCUCGUCUUUGACUAAUUUAGGGUUUUUGAGACAAUCCUUUAAUUCAAGGACUUCAGGGAGCUCGUCAAACCUGCUGAGCAUAUGAAUAUUAUUCAUUUAUUAUUAUUAUUUUUUGUUUAUUUAUUAUAUAUUUUUCAGAUAAUUGAUUAAGCAGAAAACAACAACUUAAAAUUUAAAA